AGAGUGCUCAGGCAGUGCAUGGACGGAUGCAGGCGGGGUACGACGGCGAGACCGGACGCACGUUCUUCAUCUUGUGGUGGUGAUGCGUUCCUGUUCUGUGCAGCCUUGAAACUUUUACUGUUGUGCUGGUUUUGGGUUUUUUUUUGGGAGGGGGGGACACACCUCUCUGUGCAAGUUCAGUGUGAUGUUUUGGCUGCGCGCUGUAAAAUCCCUCUCACCGGCACCAACACCAGCACCGCCACAGCCGACACGUCCCCUGAGGAGUGAUGGGUUCUAAGUUGACCAGGCAGAGAAGUCUCGAUUUCGAGAGCAAAUUGUCGAGGAGGAGACGCCAGCGAAACGAUGUGGCCGGGGAGAGCGAGAGAAGUGGCGGCGGGGACUUCUUGUUUACCUCCCUGAUGCUUAGAUCCGACAAGCUCCCAGGGAUGCUGCGGAAAACCAACCACAGCCCAUAUGUCAGACGGGUGGCGUGGGUCCGGGAGAUCCAGAGGCUUCUCCGGGAGAAGAAGAAGGAGCAGGCAGCCGAAGUGCUCAAACUGCUGCGAAAGGAUCUGGGACUUCAGGGAACAUCGCUCAACGACAUUUUGUACAAGAAUGCAGCUUUCCUCAACCUGGUGGACCCCAUCUCACACGAGCUGCUGCUCAGUCUUGCCCGGGACCUGCAGUGCCCAAAAAGGGAGACCGACUCGUUCAAGUCCACCAACAAGAUAUGCCGCCAGCUGAUUUAUCACCUGACCCCUCACUCCAAGUGGACGAGACAGAGCGUGCCCAGGAGGAAGUCUCAGGCCUGCCUGAAGACCACCCUGAAGAAGAAGCUGUCAGGUGACGUGGUGAACCUGUCAGGAAUCCCUCUGUCUGGCCGGGACGUCCACCGCGUGGCCUUCUACCUUCAGAGCAGCAGCGACGCGGUGUCGGCUGUGGACCUGAGCUUCACUGAGCUACAGGACGAGAGCUUAAGGCUGCUCCUGCCCUACCUCAGCUCCCUGCCAAAACUCACCAUACUAGCAGUCAACGGCAACCGCCUGACGGUGGCCAUCCUGAAAGACCUGUCGGACUUGGUGAAGGACCCCAAGAAGUUCCCCAGCCUGGCCUGGAUCGACCUGGGCAACAACGUCGACAUCUUCACCGUCCCGCAGCCGCUGCUCGUGGCCCUGCGCCGCCGCUUCGGCCUGCGCAGCAGCCUCCCCACCAUCUACGAGUACAGGGAGGCGCAGGCGUUCAGUAGCUACAACCCAAACUUGGAGACGUCUGUGGAGGAGCCGAGCCUCUACGAAGAAGGAGACGUGGAGGAAGACGGUAGAGAGGAGGAGGAGGACAGACUGGAGCUUCAAGCGUGGGGCUUCGGAGAAGAAAACGUGUCAAAAAAUGUGCCACUCCACUUCUGUGGGAGGUGAUCAGCCUCUUUCUUCUUGACUGAUACCCCCCCCCCCAGUAUCACCCUAAGUCUAGCCUCCUGUGGUAGCUGGUGUCAGCGUGGCAGAAGAUGCUUACUGUGACCCACACAUAUCUGAAAAUAACUUCAAAAUAAGUACCUGUGUUGUGUGUCCCUGCGGAUGCUGAUUCCGACUAUGGAAACUCAAUGUGAUGCAGACGGCUCUAUGCUUGUACAGUCAGUAAGAAUAUAUUUGCAGGGGGUGGGCGGGUGGGCAUCAUUUAUCCUGGAGAAUUUGAACCGAACAGACUUCCACAGUUUCGAAAGUUUUUUUGUGUGCUUUCUUCUCGCUCAGAAGCUUCCCGUUAUCUGUCCACUGGAGCUGCUGGGAGGUUAAGUGCCUUGAACAAAGGCACCUCAUCAGUAGCUGCUGAGGAAGAGGGGGGAUCAUUGCGAAAUUUCCCCGAGCACUUUCUUUUCGGCCUCUUUGGCUUCCCUCCUCCUGCCCCAUUUCUGUGAAAACACGUCAGCAUAUCUAAAAGAUUGAUCAGUUUAAUUUCCACUGGUGUUUUUUUUUUCCUUUUUUUUUUUUGCUAUGAUAUAUAAGUCUUCAGCCAACUCAAUUAAAGUCUGUUCACAUGAAAUAUGCUUCCAGCUCUUCCAGCAGGGGCGCUGCAUUAAUUCAGGACUUAUUUAAAAAUAAAUGGUCUGCUUUGGUCAGCCGGUAACCCGAGCUGAAUGCGCAAUCGCUCACAUUUCUAGCAAAGACGCUUCGACGUGUCUUGAUAGGCUGAUGCUGCAGGUGUUCACGUAGACGCAGACGACACACAAGGUGUUUGGGUGUGAGCUGCUGAUGAACCGCUUCUGUCGGGCCUUCAGUCACAGAUGGUGACAAUUAGGACCAACCCCACAUAAUUUCAUCACUUUAUGAGGCAGAACUCACUGGAAUCAUCAAGUCUUUGUUGUGGCAUGAGCAGAUUUGACUUUUUAUAUGUGUGUGUACAUGUCAUGUUUUUGUAUUGGUUUAAACUACUGGGCAUGACUGUUUAUUGUAGUGCCACAUCUGAUCCCACGGACAGAGAGCACGUUUACACGUACUUUAGUUUUCCUGUGAAUUUGCGGUUUCUUGGGGAGGAAAUGGCGAACACAACGUUAUCUUGCCUACAGACAUUAAGCUUUCUAUCCAUGGUAUUAUUCAGGAAAAUCUGUUUAUUUUGUGUUUACAAGGAUAUUAAUGAACAGGAUGCUAGGUUUGUGUGCGUGUGUGUCUGUGUUUAUGGGAGGAUAAUUACAUUGUGUUCCAGUGUGUGUGUUGUGGUCACGCAGAGAAAAUUACUACCUUUGAUCGUAGAAAUGAAAUGUUUACUCAUUUGCACUUUAAGGACGACUCGGUCCCCGAAUACACAAGCUCUGGUUUGUUGCUAAUGUAGAAAAGCAGCCACUGAAAGACACACAUCCGAAAAUAAACGUUGCUUCUGCUUUUUGAUUUGACGGGAAGAAAAAAAAAAAAAAACGUCGGCCAUCGUACAAAUCGUGUUUCUGUUCAAAUCAUUUGUAUAUUUACUCAUUUUUGUUUUGCUCAUGCAUUCCUCCUUCGUUUGUUUCUAAGGUGAAAGUGAUGUUUGCCUGCGGUUGCUUCAGUAAUAAACAUAAUUUGAAUAACA